CUGGUUUGGGUGGGUUGGUUCCAUCUUCCAUCGUCUCUACCAUCGGAGAAGUCUGCUAAACGCAUGGAGAUUUGAGGGAGCUAUAAAAAACCUCCGUUUAUUCGACAAUGGCGUCUGCUCGGCUUUCUUAUCCUCCGAUCUCCCGCUUCCAUUUUCAUUGCCGUGAUGACCUAUUCUCUCGCUCUCCCCUCCACAAUUUCUCUGAAGAAGUUGUCUCCCAAUGCUUCCUCCUCUUUCAGGGCCUCCGCCUCCUUCAUGGGCUUCAGAAAUGGAUUCCGAAGCUCUACUGGUGCAAACUUCUUGAUACGUAGGGUUUUUAUGAGCGAUUCUGUUCGAUCGCAGACGGUGAUUGAUGAUUCAUUGUUCUUGGAUUAUAAGCCCACUUUUGCUUUUCUGUUCCCUGGUCAGGGUGCACAAGCUGUGGGAAUGGGAAAGGAAUCUCAAAGCGUUCCUGCUGCAGCUGACUUGUUCAAGACAGCUAAUGAUAUUUUAGGGUUUGAUCUUCUUGAUCUCUGCACUAAUGGGCCAAAGGAAAAACUAGAUUCAGCUAUUAUAAGUCAGCCAGCAAUCUACGUCACAAGUCUAGCUGCAGUUGAGCUACUUCGUGCUCGUGAUGGAGGCCAACAAAUAAUUGAUUCUGUUGAUGUCACUUGUGGUUUAAGCUUGGGCGAGUACGCCGCAUUAACAUUUGCAGGGGCUUUCAGUUUUGAGGAUGGACUCGGGCUGGUCAAGUUAAGGGGGGAGGCAAUGCAGGCAGCUGCUGAUAGUGCACAAUGUGGCAUGGUGAGUGUCAUAGGAUUGGACUCAGACAAGGUUCAGCAGCUCUGUGAUUCAGCUAACCAAGAAGUCGAUGAAGCUGGCCAAGUUCAGAUAGCCAAUUUCCUCUGUCCUGGACAUUAUGUUGUAUCAGGAGGUCUAAAAGGAGUAGAAGUCGUUGAAGCUAAGGCAAAGUCAUUCAAAGCUCGAAAGACGGUUCGGCUAGCUGUGGCGGGGGCGCCCCAUACUAGCUUCAUGGAACCUGCCGUUUCGAGAUUAGAAGCUGCACUUGCUGCUACUGAUAUCAGAACGCCCAGAAUACCAAUAAUCUCCAAUGUUGAUGCACAGCCCCACGCAGAUCCUGACACAAUAAAGAAACUAUUGGCACGCCAUAUGACUUGUCCUGUUCAGUGGGAAACAACACUGAAAACUCUUCUCAACAAGGGGCUGAGAAAGAGCUAUGAAUUGGGUCCUGGAAAGAUUAUAGCUGGGAUUGUGAAGAGAAUGGACAAAAGUGCUGAUAUUGAGAAUAUUGGAGCUUGAUGAUGAUGUCUGCAUCAAUGCUUUGUGUGUUCAGCUGCUUCUUAUGCGUUCAGACGUUGCAAUUUGUUCUAUUAUUGCUGCAAGUUUCUGAACAGUGCAUGAGAUUAAUCUUUAUGUACUUGAAGUUUUCCAUUAGUAAUAAUAUGCAAAAUAAGUUGAAAUUUGAGUUCAA